CUUUCUCACUCUUCAUCUGCCUUCCUACGUUUGUUGCCAUUCUCCUUCCCAUAUGCACCCAUUUCUUCGUAAAUGAAUAUGCUCUAUUUCUCUGUAAAUGAGGUUCUAACCAUUCUCGUUGCAGUGAAUAGAGUAGAUGAUUGGCAUCAUUAAUUAUAGUGAUGCAUUUCGGAAAAUCAGAAGGGGGCUUUUCAAUUAGGGUUGAAAGCCAAAUCAUCGAUUUGCUUUAUGGUAAAGAAGAAGUUCAUGGAGUAGUACAAGAGGGACACCCAGACCAAGUUCUAGGAGAAAGAAUGCAUGGAAAGAUUGGUGAAUGGCCUGAGGAGUUGGCAGAGGAGAGAAGUGAAAAACUCAAUGAGUUACAGGAGCUUAGGAGGGUGAAAAAAGUAUACUAGAGACAAAGAUUGAGGGUUAAGUGGCUUAA